AUGGUCGAUGAUCAUGGAAGGGAACCCGAUAAUCACCAAGGUCUUGUCUUGGAGUCAAGAGAUUGUAGCGCAGAUGCAAUCGGAUCGCAGUCGGCCCAACAACCCAAUCGCUUUUUCACUUAUUCCGACUCGUCCGGUGGGCAACGGGAUCGGGCAUCCGGUCCUGCGGUUGGGGGUUUCAGGCUUUUAUCCUCAGGUGAUGUACCUGCAGUACAUUCUCCUCAGGUGACAAAUCUCAAUCAGACGUGA